AUGCCCGGGCAGCGUCGCUACGCUUUCUCAACACCAAACACAAGCCUUCCAUCGCCGCAAACAGAUUACGACACUGGCGCAAUGCGACUUCACUCCACCGAGGCGCGGUUCGAUGCACUCGAGUCUAAGGCUUUUCGCGCGAGGCAUUUACCGCGUGUCCAGGAGUCAUCGAGGCGACUGGAUGCUGUCGCCAGCGAUGGGGUGCCUGAGCCUUGGUACGACGAGAAGGAGGUAAAGAUUUGGAGGAUGCCACAGAGGGUUGCGGACGAUCGUAACCAAGGCAGCGUCCAGCUUGGUCCAGUCUCAAGAACCGCGCAUCGAGGCUAUGCCAUGCCGGUUGAGCCCAUUCCUGAGAUAUUGAUCGAGAUGGCGAGUCCAGUGCCGGUGCAGGCUUCUCUCCAUGCGAUACACUCGGCGCGGCCGAGUCUGAAGAGGAAGUGUCAGAACGAUUUGCAGAAUGAGCAGCCGCCUGCUCAACGUCUCAAAGGCCUGCACUUGUCGAUCCCGCAGCUGCAACGCCCGUGGGAUAUGGACACGAGCAGCGUCGAACAUGGAGGCACAUACCUCCCAAGAGCCGUGCGCCCGAUCCAGAGACCAGUCUCAUCUCUGUCGCACGGCGCCUUUUCUCUGAUGCCGAUACCAUUCCCAGGCGGCCCACGUCUUGAUGCGAUGCACUUGCAGCCGCCAUCGGCAGCCAUACACCCACAGGUGCCAAUACCGACCUUUGACACUCAGCGCACGACCAUAUUUCCUCCACUCCUUCCAACUUACCACAAAGCGUCUCCGCCACCAUGCGUCCCUCAACUCGCGGACCUGCCCAACCAUCCAAACUUCCUCUAUUGGACCCCUUCGCUCUCGCGCCGAAUCCUCGAAUGGCUGAAUGAUGCCAAUACGGACUCAACACAACGUGAAACCCUCGGACUCACCUUCCGCGACUUUGGCAACUCAUUUCAUGAACGGUGCAGAUCGCCUGGACCUGGCUACGGAAUGAAAGUGACCCGCAUGACGAUCUCGAACCAAGCAGGCAUAGAUCGUUCUUCGCGCCAGGACAAUGCAUCGAUGACAGAUGGUGCUGAUUUUCUCGACUGGUUUGUCAUCCAAUUUGGCGAACUUGCAGCCCCGAGAGAUCGACCAGCACAUUAUUGGGUCAUGGCAUUUCCUGUGUGCGCCGUCACGAAGAGGCAUUGCGAGCUUAUCACUUCGGCACAGCCUAACAAUGGAGGCGCGAUUGGGGCGAGCGGUCUGUACAAGACGACGUGGACACUGGGCCGAACGAAUCGCUUGCCUUUGUUGCACGGGAGUGGCGUGAGGGAGGCAUAUCUGCAAAACUUCUUCAGCGCUUGUAUGUUUGGAGCUGGAGUGAUUGAGAUGGAGAGCUUUGGAGGAGUGUUUGACUAG